AUGAAGUUUUUCUCCAAAAUAUCGUCCAAGAAACCAAACUCCGCCGAAGAGGAGGACGAGGACGCUGGUUUUGAUCCACAGCCUAUCCCUCCGCCCAAGUCGCCCACUAAGUCGCCUUCGAAAUCUUCGGCUUCCCGGUCACCCUCCAAAAGAGUUCAGCGUCCCACGUCGCCGACCCCCCCGCGUGAGUCGAAGCCGCAGUCGCCGCGCACUUCCCGACCCUUCGCGCGGCACUCAACCGAGCCUAGCCUGUCGUCGUCCCGUCGGAAAAAGAUCGACCCGGACACCCACCCGCUUAACCUGCCGCCUGAGGAGCGCAAGCGCCUGUCCGAGCUGUCCACUUGGAGCGACCGCAACUCGAUGGAUGUUGACAAAGAGCCCGUCAACGGGGGCACCGCCUCGUCGCCUCCCUCGCAGCCUCAACAGCAGUACCAGCGCCAAAAGUCCCCCGCACCCCCUCCGCAUGCCAAUUCAUUCACCGUGCCUGUCAGCAAUGGAGUGGACUCGUCGGCGAACGGCGAUAACGAUGAAGUCGUACCCCCUCCCCCGCCACACCGAUCGCAGCCGUCCAGCCCCGUGCAACAAGACGCUGAACAGGCCGAGGCGUUCAAGAAUGAGGGUAACAAAUUCUUCAAGGCUGGUGACUACACUCGUGCACUCGAGUUCUACACCAAGGCUGUCAACCUCCAGCCCAACUCCGCUACCUAUUUAGGCAACAGGGCUGCAGCGUACAUGUCAGCCGGCCGUUAUAACGAUGCCCUUGAGGAUUGCAAGCGGUCGCUGGAUCUGGAUCCUUCCAACUCCAAGAUACUUCUGCGUCUGGCUCGCAUCUACACCAACCUCGGGCAGCCUGAGGAUGCCAUUGACACCUUUGCCCGCAUCCAGCCGCCGCCGUCGGCGAAGGACACUGCUCCGGCGAGGGAGAUGCUUCGUCAUGUCCAAGCGGCACAGUCGGCUUUGAGGGACGGCACGGCGGCCUCCAUGGUGUUGCAUCCUCUCGACAUGGCGGAGAAGCUGCUUGGAGCCCACGCGCUGAAGCCGAGAAAAUGGCAGCUGAUGCGAGGAGAAGCACUUCUCAAGAUGGGCGACGCUAAUUCCCUUGGAGAGGCUCAGAACAUUGCCAUGUCCCUCUUGCGGAUGAACAGUCAGGACCCGGAGGCCCUGGUACUGCGGGGUAGGGCGCUCUACUCACAGGGCGAGAAUGACAAGGCAGUGCAGCAUUUCCGCAAGGCGCUUAGCUGCGAUCCUGAUUUCAAGGACGCCGUCAAGUGGCUCCGGAUGGUCCAGAAGCUGGACAAGAUGAAGGAGGAGGGGAAUGCUCAGUACAAGGCUGGGCGAUGGCAAGCAGCUCUGGAUCUUUAUACGGCCGCCUUGGAGGUUGACCCUUCCAACAAGGGUACAAACUCCAAAAUUCUGCAGAACCGAGCGUUGUGCCGUAUCAAGCUUAAGCAGUAUGAUGCUGCCAUUACCGACUGCGAGAAGGCAAUCAGCCUUGAUCCCCAGUAUAUCAAGGCCCGCAAGACCAAGGCCAACGCGCUGGGUCUGGCUGAGAAAUGGGAGGCGGCGGUGCGGGAGUGGAAGGCCAUCCAGGAGCUGGACCCCGAGGAUCGCACCAUUGCCAGGGAGGUUCGGAAGGCUGAGUUGGAGCUCAAGAAGUCGCAGAGGAAGGACUAUUACAAGAUUCUGGGCCUCGAGAAGACUGCGACGGACCACGAGAUUAAGAAGGCUUACAGGAAGCUGGCCAUUCAACACCAUCCCGACAAGAACCCAGGGGAUUCUGAGGCCGAGGCUCGGUUCAAAGACAUCAGUGAGGCAUACGAGACGCUGAUUGACCCUCAGAAGCGUGAGCGUUAUGACAGUGGGGCCGAUCUAGCUGAUCCGGCAGACAUGUUUGGUGGCGGCGGCAUGGGCGGCGGUAUCGACCCGGAGAUCCUGUUCUCGAUGAUGGGCCAAGGAGGAGCGUUUGGCGGAGGCGGCUUUCCGGGAGGCGGGUUCCCUGGAGGCGCCAGCUUCACCUUCAACGACCGCCCCCGUGGAAGGGGUGGUUUCCCGCAGAGCUUCAACUUCUCGUGA